AUGCCAUCGACGAAAGAAUCUUUAUCGCGUUUAUUAUGCGCUUGUUACCACGCACCAAAAAACACCAUAGCGAAAACCGUUAUAAGUGAAUCAUCUGAAGGUGAAUAUAGCAAAUUAGCACAAAAAAGUGAAAUUCAAGCAAAAGAAUGUGAUAUUGCCAGUUCUGAAUCUAUAUCAAUCGAAAGCAUUUCGAGCUCUGUUGAAAACCCAGCGGUAAUCGAUGUUGAACAAAAGAACAAAACAAAUGAAAAGAUACCCGAAAAUAAAGACCAGCAAAUUGCCAUGAUCGAAGUUGGUUUCUUUUUUUAUCUUUAG